AUGCAUCCGUCACGAGGAUCAGCAAUGAAUAACGUUUCGAUUACAGAUUCUUGUGGUCAGCCGUUGUGUGAAAAGAAGGACUACUGUGACAGUGUCAAUACCGAUUCUGGGUUUCUUUCGGGCCAUAACCUCAACUCGUCUGAGAUUUUUGGGACGGAAGAAAGUGGUUCGUCGGAAACUAAUCCCAGGAACGUUGGUGCGCAUACAUCGCCUCCUGCGAGUGAGAAACAGAUCGAGCAGGAACCGUGUUCGAACGUCGACUCCGGGAUGAUUCCGGAUGAAGAGUGUAACUCCCGUGAUAUGGGGUUGACCGACAUCUGCGAACGUUUCGAUCGUUUGAUGAAGCGUGACUGGAUGAAAAGUUUUCAACAGGAUGAAAUGGGUGAAACCCAGCUUCAUCUGGCCGUAUACGAGAGAAAUGAUGAGCAUAUUGCCAAGCUGGUUACAAAUCUUCCGCGACAAUUCCUUAACAUCCAGAACGACGAUGGGCAAACGGCACUGCAUUUGGCUGUCCUGACCGAUCAGUCCAAGAUUGUGCGUCGCCUGUUGAGCGCCGGUAGUGAUCGGUCUGUCCGUGAUGUAGAUGGCAAUACCGCCCUACAUCUGGCCAGUGCUAUGGGCAACGGGAACAUCGUCAAAGAGCUGCUCGCACCGCCAUCGUUCAACGAGAUCCCGCAGGGAGUAUCGCAUACAAAAGUGCCACAGGAUAUUGAAUCGUGGAAUUACGAUGGUAAAACGUGUGUUCAUUUAGCGGCCGAAGCUGGUAGCAUAGAAGUAAUUCGAACACUACUCGACGCCGGUGCCGACAUUAACGCAAGGGAAGGAAAAUCCGGAAUGUCUCCACUGCACAUCAGUAUCGAGAGGGGCAACGAAGGGCUGGCAAACUUUUUGCUCGAUGAAUGUCCACUUCUCUCGCUGGAGGCGGUUACUUACGCGGGGAUGACGGCUUACCAGCUUGCUCUCAUACAAGACAAACGCAUGCUGAUCAGUGACCUGACGAGACGUGGAGCGGAACCAAUUUCCCUACCGGAAAGUGAUGUGGAAUCCGAUUCUGAUGACGAAAUGAUCAGUAACUACUACGGGGCGAGUGCAUUUUCGGCAGCUUUCACGGGAUUAUCGGCUAUCAAUGUAUCUUAA